CUGUAUGAAAUCCCACAAACAGCAGCACAUGACGUCAGGUACUGUAGCGCUCACUGUUGCGGGAAAGGCUGUUCACCGAUGACUGGACAUUUACAUCAGAUGAAAUAGCUGGGUUUCGAAAGCGAAACGUCAAGUCAACGGGGUUUUGCAGUGGCUAAUAUAUUACACUGUUUAAGAAGGGUCCUGGCAAAGUUGUGCAGACUCAGGACAAUGGAGCUUUGGAGGAAUACGCAGAUUUAAAGAGGAGCCGCUAGUGAGAGAAACAGACCAUGUCUCAGGACAAGAACAGCUACCCCGGGGUCAUGGGGGAGAACAACCCCCUCCACAACAACGUGUACGGACCGCCCCAGCCCGGGUUCGGGAUAGCCCCUCCCAACUACACCCCGGCUCCUGUGCAAGCUCCAUACCCCGGCCAGCCUGCAGCCUAUGGCCAGCCUACACCAUACGAUCAACCUGCACCCUAUGGUCAACCUGCACCCUAUGGUCAGCCCGGGUUUCCUCAGGGAGGCCCCGGGUUUGGACAGGGACCCUACCCUCAGAUGCCCUAUCCCCAGGGCCCCUACCCCACAGUGCCCUACCAGCAACCUGCACAGCCAGGGUUCCCUGGUGACCCCAACACUUCCGCGGGUGACGGUUACCAUGGGGACGUGCCGCCAUCUUACUACGACAACGAGGAGUUUACCAACUCUGGCUUUGAGGACAAGAGCAUCCGACAGGCGUUUAUCAGAAAGGUGUUCCUGGUGCUGACCGUUCAGCUUAUGGUCACCUUCUCCUUCGUGGCCGUCUUUACCUUUGUGGACGAUGCCAAAUUGUUUGUGCGGCGUAACCCCUGGACGUACUACGUGUCCUACGCCAUCUUCUUUGUGUCUCUCAUCACCCUCAGCUGCUGUGGAGAGUUCCGGCGCAAACACCCCUGGAACCUGAUAGCAUUGUCCAUCCUGACCCUGAGUUUGUCCUACAUGGUGGGGAUGAUCGCCAGCUUCUACGACACGGAGACUGUCAUCAUGGCUGUGGGCAUCACCGCUGUGGUCUGCUUCACCGUGGUCCUCUUCUCACUACAGAGCAAGUAUGACUUCACUUCCUGCCGCGGCGUUCUGUUCGUGUGUUUGAUCGUCCUGCUGCUCUUCUCCAUCCUCUGCAUCUUCAUCCGCCACAGGAUCCUCCACAUCGUCUACGCCUCCCUGGGAGCCCUGCUCUUCACCUGCUUCUUGGCCGUGGACACCCAGCUCCUCCUGGGCAACAAGAAGCUGGCUCUGAGUCCAGAAGAGUACAUCUUUGCCGCCCUCAACCUCUACACAGACAUCAUCAACAUCUUCCUCUACAUCCUGGCUAUCGUGGGCCGUUCCCGUGAGUGAUGGAGCGGCGCCCUCUAGAGGAAAGGGAGAGGAAGGCAGCCAGGAGGAUUGAAUGAUGCUCUUUUCCCCUCGCUGUCUUUUUGUAUGAUUUGUUCCACUUUUUGAGGUUCCCUCCAGUUUGUCUGUUACACCUCCCCGCCUUCAUCCCACCUCCUUCAGGAGACGAAUUGGGUGACAGAAAAAAGGGUUCUGUCACCUAUUGCAGCAGGCCUGCCAUAGAGUGCAGCAAAGAAGGGCACACUUUUGAAGUUAUUUAUUUAAAGUUCUAUGUAAGUAUGUUAUAAGUUAUUCCUUUUUUUUUACAUUCCUUGUUUGUUUUUAUGUAUUCUGCUUGUUCUGUCCUCCUUGGCAAUCUGCUUCUACUUACAGAGAUAUGGUAUCUAACUAGUCCAUCACUACAAAUUCUAUAGAACUCUCCUGUCCUCUGCGAUUUUGGCGGUCUUCCUUGCCUUGUAGAUUAAGCACUGUAGAGAGAGAGAGUGGUAUGCUAUCUGAUGGAGAGAGCCAGGCUGUGAUGCAGGCCAGCGCUUUUUAAGGAAGAAACCUUUCCUGCUAUAUUCUCCCCCUCUGGUGUUCCCUCGUUUUCCUGCCAAUGUAAAUUAACUCUGCAUGGCACCUGAAACAGCUGAGAUGAGCUGAAUAGAUUCAUAAAAACCCUCCAGAGGGAUACCUCUCCUAGCCUGCUUGUUACGUAGCUGUACAUAGUUCUGUGUGAAAUGUAUAUGACGCUUAGUUCCCUAACCAGCUUUCUCUAGGCAUGCCCGGGGAGUGUAUGGCUGUGAUGCUCACUCUAUCUAUCUAUCUAUCUAUCUAUCUAUCUAUCUAUCUAUCUAUCUAUCUAUCUAUCUAUCUAUCUAUCUAUCUAUCUAUCUAUCUAUCUAUCUAUCUAUCUAUCUAUCUAUCUAUCUAUCUAU